UCAAACGGGGCUGGCGGUUGGCGGCGGGUGCCGGGUGUCUCUGUGGGGCGCUGUCCGGCCGAGGGGGGCGGGGAUGGACGGCAGGCCGGAGGUGACCGUUAUCGAUGGCGGUUUGGCGACCGAGCUGGAGGCGGGCGGUGUGGAUCUGCAGGAUGAUCCAUUGUGGAGUGCCAGAAUAUUGCAAACGAAUCCACAGGCAAUCAAAACUGUGCAUGCAAGGUACCUUUCUAGUGGUGCCGAUGUAAUUACCACAGCCACAUACCAGGCAACUCUGGCAGGAUUUGUUAAGUAUCUUGAUUUAAAAUCCGAGGAGGCAGCUCAGCUUUUACAGUCAGGUGUAUACCUCGCUAAAGAGGCUGUUGCUGAGUUUCUCUCAGAAUCCAGAAAUUCCGAGAGGAGAAAACCUCUCAUUGCAGGUUCCAUUGGGCCUUAUGGAGUUUUUCUGCAUGAUGGUUCUGAAUACUCAGGAAAUUAUGUUGAUUCGAUGACUAAAGAGGAACUAAAGGCUUGGCAUCGGCCUCAGAUGCAGUCUUUGAUAACUGCAGGAGUGGAUCUCAUUGCUAUGGAAACAAUUCCCAGUCAGAAAGAAGGAGAAGCUCUGGUGGAACUUCUUAGGGAAUUUCCUAACACUAAAGCUUGGCUGUCAUUUUCUGCCAAGGAUGGGAAAUGUAUUUCCCAUGGAGAGAACUUUGAUGAUGCAGUGAAAUUUCCAAUUAAAUCUGAUCAGUUGGUGGCUGUUGGAAUAAACUGCUGCUGUCCUGACAUAAUUAGUCCACUCCUUAUGAGUGCCAAUAAAACUAGGGGUACCAAAAUAGGAUGGAUUGUAUAUCCCAACAGUGGCGAAACAUGGAAUCCUAACACACACUGGGAGAGAAAACCAGUCAACAACCAACUUGCAAAGUUUGCAUUGGAAUGGAAAGAACUUGGUGCUAAAUGGAUUGGUGGCUGUUGCAGAACUACUCCAGCUGAUAUCGCAGAGCUACGAGCUACCCUAGCACUGGAUUUGUCACCUGAUUGAGCUUUGAAUAUUGGCAAGAACAAUGUGAAUGCUGUGGACCUUUAUUGCUCCUAAUUCUUUUGGCCUACUGUUUAACUCCAAUUGUGUUGAUCUAAUCUUCAAAUGGAUGAGAGCAGACUUUGAUCUUUCAAAGUUUUAAUUUGGAAUGACUCAAAAAGCUGAUUUUUCUAGACUUUGUAAAUAGCAUUUGAUCAGCAGAUAGACUUCUCUACAGCAACGAUAUUACUUAAAAAAGCUAGCUUUACAGUAAUUUCCUUAGUAUAUUUAAGCAUCAGUAGUUCCAUGGAAC